AGGCCUCGACCUGAACAUGGAAACAAUCUCUGGAGGUUUAAACGACUCCAGCAGUCUUUUCGGUCUCAAGUUUCUAGAGAAGCUGAACUUGGCUUACAACUGCUUCAACUUCACACGAAUUCCAUCCAGGGAUCCAAGAAUCUCACUGACAUAGACCUCUCUCAGAAUUCUCUUACAGGUCCAGUUCCUUCCAUUUACUUUGCAGGCCUUUCAAAUCUUGUAUAUAUAAAUCUGGGGUAUAAUUCAUUCAAUGGUAGUAUUCCUUCUUCUCUUUUUUCCUCUCCCUCUCUGCAGACCAUUUGGAUUAACAACAACCGAUUCUCCGGGUUUCUUCCAAACGGUUCGUUGUCUCCUUUGGUUUCACUACAUUUGAGUAGUAACAAACUACAAGGGCCUAUUCCCUCUUACUUAUUUGGUAUUCAAAGUCUCAGAGACCUCUCACUUUCUUUCAACAACUUCAGUGGCACCAUACAGCUAGAAAGUAUCCAUAGGCUUCAAAAUCUUGCGUUGCUUGAUCUUUCACACAAUAGCUUGUCAGUCGAUGCAAGUAUCAGUAACUCUAGCUUAUCCUCCUUUCCCCAACUCAGAAGGUUAGGAUUGGCUUCUUGCAAGCUGCAAAAGUUCCCUCCUCUAAUGAACCAAUCGUUGUUGCAUGAUUUAGACCUUUCUGACAACCAAAUUUCUGGGGUCAUACCAAAUUGGAUUUGGAAUAUUGGUGGUGGAGGUGGAGGUAUGGCUAUUCUGAAUCUUUCCUGUAAUCUCCUAGUGGGUUUGCAACCGGAAUACCUUAUUCCUAGUCAACUUCGCGUCCUUGACCUUCAUUACAAUCAGCUCCACGGUGAAAUCCCGUUAUCAUUUGCAUCCUAUGUCGACUACUCAAGGAAUAAUUUCAGCUCUUCUCUCUCUACUGAAAUUGGCAACCGCAUUACCAGAGCUAGUUUCUUCUCUCUUUCACAUAACAAGCUUUCUGGACCCAUCCCUCCAUCAAUAUGCAAUGGGAGCUACCUUGAGGUUCUUGAUUUGUCCAACAACAGAUUCAGUGGCACUAUACCCCAAUGUCUGAUAGAUACAUGUACGACGACCCUUCGAAUACUGAAUUUGCGAAACAACAAUCUUACUGGUAACAUAACGGGGACAUUCCCUGAAGAUUGCGCUUUGAGGACCCUUGACUUCAGUGAAAAUCUCUUGGAAGGGCAGGUUCCAAAAUCCUUGGCAAAUUGUGCAAAUGAAGAGGUUUUAAAUCUUGGUAACAACAACAUAAAUGGCAACUUCCCUUGCUUCUUGGCGAACUUAUCCAACUUGCGCGUCUUGGUUUUACGAUCCAACAAGUUCCAUGGAAAUAUUCACUGCAGAGGAAUCCAUAAUAAUAUUUGGCCAAAGCUUCAAAUCAUUUGUCUAGCUUUCAACAACUUCAGUGGUACUCUGCCGCCAAAAAUCUUUUCACAGAGGAAGGCAAUGAUCGAUGGGGGUAAUCCACCAUCAGAUCUCAAUCACUUGCGCUUUGAGACGACUACCGGUACCUAUUAUGAGGAUACAAUGACACUUAUCAACAAAGGGCUAGAGAUGGAGCUGGUGAAGAUCCUAACUAUAUUCACCGCCCUCGAUUUCUCAAACAACAGGUUCAAAGGAGAAAUACCAGAUACAAUUGGGGAUUUGAAAUCCCUAUACGCGCUCAACCUAUCACACAAUGCCCUCACUGGUUCUAUCCCAUCAUCACUUGGAAACUUGUCAAGGCUUGAAUCACUAGACCUCUCGUGGAACAAACUCGGUGGAAGCAUCCCGGUGACACUUGCAAGUCUGACAUUUCUUUCGUUCCUGAACUUAGCAUACAAUCAACUCGUUGGAAUGAUCCCAAGCGGCACCCAGCUUCAAUCAUUUUCAGGAGCUUCGUACGAAGGAAACAAAGGAUUAUGGGGACCUCCCUUGAAUGCUUGUUGCAAGGAAGCAGAACCGACACCGCCAACAUUGGAUGGUACACAAUCAUAUACUGAAGUAGAUGAUGAGAUUAACUGGGUCUACAUAAUCGCUACGUUGGGGUAUACAGUGGGGUUUGGAGUUAUUGUUGGGCCACUUUUAUAUUCGAAAAGAUGGAGACAAUGCUACUACAAACCUGUUGACAGAGUUAUUGUGAGGAUUCUCCAUCAUCGAGAGCAGCGAUCAAGAAAGUAUGUUUUUCUAACAAGCUUCGGAGAUGGCAGCACCACUGAAGGGUAAGUUUAAUUUGUUUUUUUAGUUUUGUUUCAUAUAAUUAGUAAAAUUAGGUAAGGGUUUGUGUCCAUUGGGUGGCGAGAUAGGCCGGGGUAGCUUCCCACCGGAUGUUUACUAUUCCGUCGAAUGUGCGUCAUAGAUUUCGUAUUGUAUACAAUAUUUUUGUUUGGCUUCGGACCUAUUUAGUUCACAGGUUA